CUGAAAAAUCCUAAAAAGCCUGAAAAUCCUAAAAAGACUGAAAAAGCUGAAAAUCUUGAAAAUCUCAAAAAUCAAGCCUGGAAAUCCCAAAGAUCCUGAAAAUCCCAGAAAUCCUGAAAAGCCUGCAAAUCCCAGAAAUCCAGCCUGAAAAGCCUGAAAAUCUUAAAAAGCCUGAAAUGCCUGAAAACCAAGCCUGGAAAUCCUAAAAAUCCUGAAAAUUCUGAAAAUCCUGAAAAUCCUGAAAAUCCAAAUAUUCCUAAAAAGCCUGGAAAGCCUGGAAAGCCUGAAAAUACAAAAAAAAAAAAAAAAGGACUGAAAAUCUCAUAAAAGCCUGAAAAGUCUGAAAACCAAGCCUGGAAAUCUUAAAAAGACUCAAAAUCCAAAUAUUCCUAAAAAGCCUGAAAAUCCUGAAAAACCUCAAAAGCCCAAAAAUCCUCAAAAAUCUCAAAAAUCCAGCCUGAAAAUCCUCAAAAUCUCAAAAAUCCAGCCUGAAAGUCCUAAAAAUCCUGAAAAUCUUAAAAAGGCUGAAAAUCCAAAUAUUCCUAAAAAGGCUGAAAAGCCUGGAAAUCGUCAAAAUCUUGAAAAUCCAAAAAAAUCAAACCUGGAAAUCCUGAAAAGCCUGAAAAUCCUAAAAAUCCCCAAAAGUUGGAAAAGCCUGAAAAUCAACCCUGGAAAUCCUAAAAAUCCUGAAAAUCCUAAAAAGCCUGAAAAUCUGAAAAAGACGGAAAAGCCUGAAAAUUCCGAAAAUUCUAAAAGUCCUGAAAAUCCUGGAAAUUGUGAAAAUAAAUCCUGACAGUCCUAAAAAUCCUGAAAAUCGUGAAAAACCUGAAAAGCCUGAAAAUCUUAAAAAGCCGGAAAAGCCUGAAAAUCCAGCCAGGAAAUCCUAAAACUCCUGAAAAUUCCUAAAACUCCUGAAAAUUCCUAAAAAUCUUAAAAAUUCCUAAAAAUCCUGGAAAUCCCGAAAAUCCUAAAAAUCCUAAAAAGUCUGGAAAUCCUAAAAAUCCUGAAAAGCCCCAAAAUCCUGAAAGUCCCGGGAGCAAAAAUCGGAAUCCGAAAAUCCCAGAAUCUCGGGAGGCGGCUCGGGAGGGGAGGAUGGCGCCGGAGCCCAUCCGGAAUUCUUUGGGAAUUUCCUGCCUGGUCCUGGCAAAAUCCAGGAUUUCCCUGGCGCAGCUGAUCGAGGCCACGACGGCGCCGCCGAAGCCGAAGCCGGCGCCGGUGACGUCGGAGACCGUGGUGAUCUGGGGGCUGCGGCUCUGGCAGGUGGUCGGGAUCUUCGCGCUCUUCGUGCUCUCCAUCAUUAUCACGCUGUGCUGCAUCUUCAAGUGCCGCAUCCCGCGCACGCGGAAGGAGAUCGAGGCGCGCUACGCCCAGCGCAAGGCGGCCAAGAACUACGCCGACAAGCUGGACACCGUGCCGCCGCUCAACGAGCUCACCGACAUUCCCGGAGGUGGCGGAAGAAAAAAAAGAGGAAGAAGUUCCCACGGUGUCCGGAAAAGUGGACAAGGCUCAGGGAAAGAAGGACGGAUCCAAAGACUCCAAGAAAAAGGACGGGGAGAAGGAGCAGAAGGAAGAAGCCAAGAAGGAAGGGAAGGACGGAGCCAAAAAAAAGGAUGGAGAAAAGGGGGGGAAAGGGGAAAAAGAGGAAAAAGGAGGGAAAGGAGACAAGGGGGAAAAGGAAAAGGGGGAAAAGGGAAAGGACACAAACGACAAGAAACAGGGGAAAAAGGGGGAAAAAGACGGCGAAGCUGGAAAAUCCGGAGGCGCCAAAACCGAUGGAAAAGGCAGCGGGAAUUCCAAAGCUCCGGCAAAGAAGAAGUGACCUGGAAGGACAGAGCUGGAAUUUUUGGGGGGAAUUUUCCAGCAAAUUGCCGCGGGAGGAGCCCUUGGAGCGGGAUGUGCCUUUCCCGAUAUUCCCGCGGGACGCUGCUGGAUGCAUAGAUUUAUUCCUGUUUGCAUCUGCCAGGAUCCGGCUCUCCAAAGGAAAAACGGGAAUUGGGGUGGACAAGAAAGGAAAAGCUCCAGCGGGAAUGGAAUAGAACCGACCCGGAAGCCGGGAGGGGAAUGAGGGGUUUGGAUAAAUGUGGGAAUGCUCGGGGAUGAGGAUCCUGACUAAAAAAAAAUGGGAUUCAUCCCAAAUUUCUGCUUCCAGAGGAGCUGGAGGAGUUGGAUAAAGAUUUCCUGGCACUCAGCAUCUCCUCAUGGGGAGUUUUAGGGAUUAUGGAAAUUCUGGGAAGAUCCCAAAGGAUGGAAUUCUCCAAAGCCUGGCUCCUGUGGAUUCUAAGAGUUUUUUGGACACACGGAAAUUUUUCCUUCCUUCUCCGGCACCUCUUUCCCUGGAUUGCACCAGGAAUUCCAUCUUUUCUAGGAGAUAUAUCUACAUUUUCCUGAUUUUUUUGCUGAGGAAAGCCAGGAAUUCUGCUCUGCUUCCAUGUGGCUGCUUCUCCCUCCCUUCCCGGGAAUUCCUGUGGGGUGGAUUUAUCGGGAGCGGCGUUUUCUGGCUGCUUCGGGAAUAUUCCAGCAAUUUCUGCCUUAAAAGUUCCAGCUGGGGGGGAUCUAAAUCCACAUUUUUGGGGGGGAUACCAUGGAAAAUCUUGGGAUAAUUCAAACUGGGGAUAUCCUGGAAUUCUCCAUAGGGAGAAUUCCCUCCAAUCCCUUGUCCGUGGGAAUGGGAUUUAGUUUUUGUUUAAUUGAUUUUAUUCCAUUUUCCUGCUGGUUUUCCAAGCCAGAUUUAUCGCUGCCAAGAUAUUUCCCAUUUUUCCCACUUUUCCUUGUCUCAGUUUUCCUUCCCUUUCUCUCCUGCCCGCCUCAUCUUGGUGGGAAACGAAAAAUGGAGGGAAUUUUCUGUUGGGAUGAGGUCGCUCAGCUCCACAAAAUCCCAAAAUUCCAGAGCUCCUGAAAAUGUGGGGAAAACUAAUAUUUGGGAAGAGAAGGAUCAGUGCUCCAGGGAAAUCUGGAAUUCCAGGGUUGGGAAUUCUGCCCCUGGACACAGAGGAGCCUUAAACUUCCAUCCUUGGAGUGGCACCACUGGAAAAAUGGGAAUACGGAUCCAAAAAUGAGAUUUCUCUGGAAUUUCCAUCCCAAUCCCAAUUUUUCAAGGCCCUGUUUAAUCAGGAAUCCCCACCAAAAAAGGGUUUUUCCAUUGGACUCAGGCUUUGCUCCCUGGGAUCUGCCGGAUCCGUGGGAAUUUUGGGAAGGGAAUUCAUGCCUUGAAAACUCCGGGAUGGGAUCCAGCUGGGAUCGGGGCAGGAAAACUCGGAUUCCCCAUCCUGCACUUGGAAUUACGCAGGAAAUUUGGGAUGUGGCUCCGUUUGGAGAGGAGCGGAUUUAUUCCCGAUCCAAAGGGUUCCAGGAGGAAAAUCCGCUCCUUUCCUUUUCCGUGGAAUUCCUUCUCCCUCAUCCAACUUCCAUCCCUAUCCCGUUAAAAAUCAUCAAAAUCCCAAAUAAAAUAUUCACUGAGAUUGGGGAAUCCUCUGAGAUCCACCUCAGUCCCUUUUUUUGGAAGGAAAAAUUCCAAAUCCUGUGGAUCAGAUCUGAAAAAUUUGUGAGAAUGCCUUAUUGACUAAAAAAAAAAAAAAGGUAUUUUCCAUUUUAAAAAACUAUCCUUUGGGAAUUAUUGGGUUUGGAAUUAGCAGGGUGGGGGUGGAAUGAGGGGAAUCCAUCCUUGGGAUCUGGGAAUCCAAUCCUGGGAUUUGGGAAUCUGUUCCUCGGAUUUGGGAAGCCCUCACUGGGGUUUGGGAAUCCGCUCCUGGGAUUUGGGAAUCCAUUUUUGGAAAAUGGGAAUCCAUCCCUGGGAUUUGGGAAUUCAUUCCUGAGAUCUGGGAAUCCAUUCCUGAGAUUUGAGAAUCCAAUCAUGGGAUUUGGGAAUCCAUCCCUGGGAUUCAGAGAUCCACCCUUGGGAUCAGGAACCCAUUCCUGGAAUUGGUGAAUCCAUUCCUGGAAUUUGUGAAUUCCUUCCCGGGAUUUGGGAAUCCAUCCCUGGGAUUGGGGAAUCCAUUCCUGGGAUUUGGGAAUCCACUCUUGGGUUUUGGGAAUCCGUUUUUGGGAUUUGGGAAUCCAUCCCUGGGAUCUGGGAAUCUGUUCCUGGAAUCAGGGAAGCAGUUCCUUGGAUUGGGGAAUCCAUCCCUGGGAUUUGAGAAUCAUUUUUGGCAUUUGGGAAUCCAUUCCUGGAGUUUCCAGGGAUCAUCCUGGCCUUAAAACUCAUCCCAAAUCCUGAAGCGGAAUGAGAAGAAAUUCCCAGCCUCCAUCAGAUGUUUUCUCUGUUCCGGUGGGAUUUGGGAAGUCAGGAAGUGAAAAAAAGAUGGAAAAUUCCAGCCAGGAGCAAUUCCAGCUUCUUUGGGAGUUGCUUUUCCACCAGCAGGUGGAGAAGUUGCCUUGGAAAAGCCACAGGCACAGGAAGGGAUUUUUAUUGGAGAAUGGGAUUUAUCAUCCCGGAUUUGGGUGGAAAUGGAAUUCCAGAGGCCAAAAGUUGCAUUUCAUUCCCAGAAAUCCAGGGAAUAAUGACAGGAUCACUCAUUUCCUUGGAUUCAGGUGAUGCUGACUCAGAGGUGACCUCAUCACUCUCACAACUCCCUGAGAGGUGCCUGUGUCAGGUGGGGUUGGGCUCUUUCUCCAGGCAGCACCGAGAGAAAGAGAGGACACAGCCUCAGGCUGUGCCAAGGGAAAUACAGGCUGGAUAUUAGGGAAAAGUUUUUUUACAGGAAGAACAAUAAAGUACUGGAAUGGUCUGGAUGAUCGGAAUGGUGGAGUCACCAUCCCUGGAUGUGUUUAAGGAAAGCCUGGAUGUGGCACUGGUGUCGUGGUUUAGUUGAGGUGUUGGGGCUGGGUUGGACUCGAUGAUCCUGGAGGCCUCUUCCAACCUGGUGAUUCCAUGAUUCUGUGAUUCCAUAAUUCCGUGAAUCCAUGAUUCCAUGAUUCUGUGAUUCCAUCAUUCUGUGAUUCCGUGAUUCCAUCAUUCCGUCAUUCUGUGAUUCCGUCAUUCUGUGAUUCCAUCAUUCUGUCAUUCUUUGAUUCCAUGAUUCCGUGAUUGUGUGAUUCUGUGAUUCCGUCAUUCCAUCAUUCUGUGUGAUUCCGUGAUUCCGUGAUUCCAUCAUUCUGUCAUUCCGUGAUUCCAUGAGUCUGUGUGAUUCUGUGUGAUUCCGUGAUUCCGUGAUUCCAAUAUUCUGUGUGAUUCUGUGAUUCCAAUAUUCUGUGUGAUUCCGUGAUUCCGUGAUUCCGUGAUUCUGUGAUUCUGUGAUUCCUUCAUUCCGUCAUUCCAUCAUUCCCUGAUUCCUCCCUCUCCUGCCCAGACCUGUCUGGGAUCCAUGGGAUCCAUCCUCAUGGAAACAUCUGGCUAUCCUUUGGCAAAGCUGGGGCGUUCCGUGGGUUGGACGUUCAGGGAAUGCUGGAAUGUCGGAACUUUAGGCAUUCCUGGGAGCCAGGUGGCUUCGGAGCGCUUCUCCUGCUUUUCCACGGAAUCAUGGAAUGGUUUCCAUCGAGUCCAGGCUUUAAACCGCUUCCCCAUGGACAAUAAAUCCCUCCAAACCUCCCUGGGCACUUCCAGUCCUUGGCCACCUUUUCCAUGAGGAAAUUCCUGCUGAUCCUGAACAUCUCCUGCUCAUUCCCUCUCCUCCUGUCCCUGCUCUCUGGGAGCAAAUCCCAAAUCCCCAUCUGCCAGGGACAUGGCCAGGAAUAAAAGGAUCAGGGAGCCUCAUCCAGGCUGGAAUUCUGCAAAACCAGGGAAACGUAAAAAAAAGAGGAGUG